CGCGAUAUUACGCUAAGUGCGCGAUCAACGGAUGGCGGCUCGUUUAAAUGAUGAAUAAAUAGAAUAACAAUAUAUUAUCGUCAAACAAACAUUUGGAUUUGGAAUUACACUGUUAACGAUCCAUGAUGUCAAAAAGAGAUGUUUUAUCCCCUAUCACCAACACACCAAUAGUACGUCCAUCAACAUCCUCGUCCAAGUUCGUGUCGCCAUCCCCCAACAGGAACAGCAACUUGUCAAGUCCGACACCACUCUUGACACGAGACCGAGAUGACACAGCGGAAAGGAAAGAGAGACGACGAUCUCGUGUCUUGGACUUACAGCGUCGGAACUUAGCCAGUCCCAGCACACCUGACAGACGCAGAUCAGCUGGAUUAACCAAUAAUCAGCUGUCCGAGCACUACGCAUCCUGUAUCAAGCUCUCCACAGAAAAUAAAAUCAAUGCUAAGAAUGCCUUCAGCCUUCAGCUCAUUGACUACAUGUCGGAGCUCCUCAAGAAGGAGAAGAUGGAAAACUUCCAGAUCGCCAGCUCAACCCUAGAUGCCAGUGCCAAGAUCUACGCGGGUCGUGUUGACUGUAUCCAUGCAGAAGCAUACAAAGUGCUGAGCGGGCUGGGGCGGGGAUCCAACAAACCCAGAGAGGAGGAUGGGGAAGGUGAAGACGGGGAACCUGGGGGAGACCUGGCAGGGGGAGACAAUCCUGAUCAACUCAAGAAAAAGAAGAAGGUUAGAAAAAGUCGGACAGUAGAAACCAACCUGAAGAACAUCAGUGUAAACAAGUUCGACUUGGAGUUUGAGGUGGAUCCGAUGUUCCAGGUUAUGUCAGCAGCAUUUGACGAGGGUGGUGCCAGUGGCUUGAUCUUGAACAACUUACGUUGCUAUGACGACUGUCAGGAGCUGGUGCUCGACUCGUCGACCCUGGUGUCGGUGGUGGACAGCAAGGACCCGGAGUUAUCCCCCAAGUCUCUCAAUGUCACCGAUCUCAAAGACAUGUUGGAUAAACUUGACUGUGAGAGUAAACAAGUGUGUGCUCCUUAUACAGAGUUUCAGUUCACUAACUGGGACGGCUCUGAUAUGAGCUCCAUGCUGAGUAAAGGUGCAUCAGAGCAUGCAUUUGACAUGAAUGCGGAGAGGGAGCCGAUCUUCCCCGACGCUGACGAUGAUGAUCAUCAAAGCCUUCCUCCAGACACAGAUUUUGGCGACAUGGCCGAUGGCGGCAGUGACAAUGAAGAUGCAGGUGGCUUUGAUGAUGACGGGGAGAGGUCGAACGUUGUCGGAGACAGUCGUGCUGCCAUGCUUGUUCAGAGUGCAUUUGAAGAUCUCACCCAUGGCAGCUCGGGGACGCUGAUGCAGAUUCUGGCGUCCCAGCCGUCCGACUACUCCUACUUCAACAAAGCUCUGAUGCAGACCUGGGCUGGCCCCUCACACUGGAGGAGAGGAUGUCUCUCGAAAGACACCAAAUUCAAGACACUAAAUAAGAGUCAGAAGAACAAGACAAAGAAAGCUGCAUUUCGUGUCAACUAUCAGGAGAAGACUGACACAGAUGCUGCCUUCAAGACGUCCAAGGCCACAGCCCUGACCAAGACAACACUGAGUCGAUACAGCAAGGAGCAGACAACUCUACCUGAAGAUCUGCAUUAUGAUGCUGAUAAGCUGUUCCGACCGUUCCUUAAGCCGAAGAUCAUGGUCAAGCGACAGCAAGGCAGCAGCGUGGGGGUGGACGAUGAGAUCGACAACUAUGACUACAACAAUGAAAACGACAGGGAGAACUUCUGUGCUGAUCUUGGUGGAGAGGACGAUGAUGAAGACGGGGGUGGUGGGUUCGACUUCAACUUGACGGCGGGCGACUACAGCCACGCCUCCUCCCAGGACAACAUGUCACAGCCCAGUCUGGCCUACAAUGACAGCCUGAACGCCACCUCCCUGUGUGGAGACAAACUCCUCUCACAGCCUUAUAAGGUUGCAAAGAUAGAUAUUGCAUAUGCAAAGACGGCCAAGAAGUUGGAUGUACGUAAACUGAAGGGAGCUAUGUGGAACUUGUUGACAACACCAGCGUCAAAACAGGAGGACCAGACAUCAGGUCAUCCUGACCACACCCUGAUGGAGCCUCCUCCAACAACAUCAGCCAUGAACGAAACAUGGACGUUCCAGACACUGCUCACCAAGCUACCAACGAAAGUGUCAUCCAACACGGCCAAGAAUCUCAGCGUCCCCAUUGCCUUUGUGUGUCUGCUGCAUCUCGCCAAUGAGAAGACCCUGAAGAUUUUGGACAGUAAUUUGGAAGAUCUACAGAUAUCCCAAGGAAUGUAGCAGGGUCAUGGUCGAUAUUGACAGUUUGUACAUCUCAGUAUUGACAUGAAGAUGAGUCUCACCCUUCGUAGCAGCAUCGUUAUGGGAACAGUGUAUGUGGAUUGCUCAAGACACAGGCAGCAUUUGGACGUGUUACCAGAACAACAAUGGAUGGAUACAUCGCCUGGUUGUUAUUGUUGACCAGCAAUGUUUCCAUGACAACAAUGGUUGGUGACGCUAUUCCUGGAUCUUAUGAAUGACCAGCAAUGAGUUGUCAUGACUACCAUGGUUGGUGACGCUAUGCCUCUAUGUUAUGGUUGACCAGCAAUCAGUGUUGUUGUUUUAUGUCAAGUCUGUUUAUCAUUUUGUUUUAUUGUAUAUAGUUUAUGUAUGAUUUUAUCAUCUUUCACCAAUCUUAACAUUUUAGUGGAUGCUGGUUAUGUGUACAUGGAACAACUUGAAUGUAAUCAUGAUCUGAUUCUGACCUCAUCCACAUCCCCCAUCACACAGGCCACUCUCAUCUGUCAACAUCACUAUUCACAUCAAGCUAAGAUAGCACCAUUCACUUCUUCAUUUACAUCAACACAGCAUACCAUCUCCAUCAAAUAUUAUGAAGUUUGCCAUGGAAGACUGAAAUCGUGACAUAGAUGAACCUUGGACCUGUGCAGUGCUAACUUGUCCAUCUCCAUAAACACAGCAGACUUUGCAGACCUCAUGGUCAUCUCUCCUAUUGUAGAAAUGCUUCUGUCAACAUUAUAUCACAUCCGUCAUCAAGUCCUUUUCUCCUGUAAAUAUUUCCGUAUUUAUACAUCAUGUAGUUUCUGUUACUUGGAUGGAGUCAAAUUUCAGAGAGGAUUUUUUCCCAAAUGAAGUUUUAGCCCAAAUAUAUAUGAUUAUUGUCUUAUAUCAGAAAACAAAUAUUAAAAGUCUCAAGAAAUG